AUGGGUUGGCUGAAAAGAAUCCUCAAGGGUUCUAUUUCUAGCUCCAGACAGAGAUCUAGUGGAAGCUGUGAGGAAGAUGAUCGCUGUCCCUGUUCUGAUGAGCCCAGCGAUAUGGAGCUGCAACAGAAUAGUGUUAAAUUGUUGCAGAGCCUCAAUGUGAAGGACGAAUCGACAGAGGGCGAGGAAGAAGACACGGACUACCAAAUCGGCUGCAUUCGUUCCUUCUCAGAAGAUGGUCAUGUAGACGAUCUCUAUGGAGCGGCAUUGACCAAGGACUGGGUACAAUAUGACGAACUGAGAUGGGAGGAUGAAGAUGAACGACCCACCCAGUCUUUCCAACAAAGUUUGGCCUUCGAACCAUUCUCCCCAUUUGACAUUGCAAACAUAUUCCAACCAUUUCCGUUCUCAUUGUAUCCGGAUAACGGGCAAGCCUUUCUGCAUCCAGAAUGCGUCCCCUCUUAUGCUUCCCAUGGUUCGCUUACUGGUCACCACAUUUUUGUCUCUGAGUAUCACUCUAUUUAUCGGAAUAUCGACGAAGACCACCACCUCAACCACCAUCACCACCACCAUCCUCGUCCAUUAUGCUAUGUUUGCGGGCAACCUAUCCCAGUGGAUGCAAAUGGCCGUCUUCUAUACAGUCGACAUCCUUUUUGGCGACAUAAGUAUUGUCUUCUGCAUGAGAGAGAUGAGACACCUUCUUGUUGGGUCUGCGAAAGAUUGAAGACUGUGGAAGGAGAGGAACAUAUACUAGUCGCCCACUCAAGAGAUCUAACCAUAAGAGUUUUGAAAGGUUUCCCGAGGUUGUUCACAGGGCAAACCCUCGCUCAUGAGAUGCUGCAUGCGUGGUUCACACUAGAAGGUUAUCACGAUUUAGAUCUCGUGGUCGAAGAAGGCCUUUGUCAAGUUUUGGCUCACAUGUGGUUGGAUUCUCAGAUGCGAUCCAUGUCCAAGAGCCAAAUUGCACUAUCCCCAGGGUUUGACUUCCAGAAAAGGCUCGCCGAGUUUCUUCAGUAUGACAUCGAAUCAAGAACCGAUUCUCCUUAUGGCACUGGAUUUCAACUAAUGAAAAGGGCGACGGACAUGUAUGGCCUUAAAGGCACACUCGACUACAUACGUAUGACAGGAAGCUAUCCUUGA